CGUUAAGUCUAGAAUUCUACGCUAUCCAAUCAGAGCGCCGGAUUUGAAUGAUGGGCGUGGCCCUGACCUUCCCAAAUCCUGACCCAGGUCAGCUAACUCAUCAUGGCUGGCGGGUGAGGGCAUGAGUAGAAGACAAGAAUUCUGGGAAAUGUUGAUAGACGUCCUCACAGCUUUUACGGAUAUUUCAUGGACACAAGAUUAGACGUGACACCUGCUUGACUCUACUGACACAAACUCUACUGAGGGACGCCUUUGACGCUCAGAACAGGACUCUAUUUCAAAAAGGACCGCGGAAGGUACGAACGCAAGAAAAUGAACGCCUCAAGCGGGCCGCCGACAGAAAACUUGCGGACUUACAAACUCGUGGUUGUCGGGGACGGUGGCGUGGGAAAAAGCGCCCUGACGAUACAGUUCUUCCAGAAAAUGUUUGUGGCGGACUAUGAUCCGACCAUCGAAGACUCCUACAUUCAGCACACAGAGAUCGACGGAGAAUGGGCCAUUUUAGAUGUACUGGACACUGCAGGACAAGAGGAGUUCAGUGCGAUGCGGGAACAGUACAUGCGGACGGGGGACGGAUUCCUGCUGGUUUACUCCGUCACGGACAAGGCCAGCUACGAGCACAUCCACCAGUUUCACACCCAGAUACUCAGAGUCAAGGACAGGGACUCCUAUCCCAUGAUCCUCGUGGCCAACAAAGUGGAUCUAGUUCACCAGAGAAAGGUGUCAGAGGACCAGGGUAAAGCUCAAGCCACAGAACUAAAUAUCCCAUAUAUUGAGACCAGUGCUAAGGACCCUCCCCUAAAUGUGGACGCAGCCUUCCAUGAAGUAGUUAGAGUUAUAAGGAGACAGACACCAGACAACAAGAAAAAGAAGAAGGGUGGCAAGGGCAAACUCAAGGGCAAAUGUUCUAUCCUGUGAUUGGUUUCUUGUGAUUGGUGGCCACUUCUGAUUGGUCAAACUUUCUUAUACGUUGCAACACACCAAGCUGAACCAAAACAACAUUGAACAAGUCAACUUUGAUGAUUAGAUCAAGCUUUGUAUGCCUUCUGACCCUCUGGUAGGGUAUGAAUGUGGUAAAUUGUUAGUAUAUACAAAACAUCAAAAUGCUUCCUUAUCUAUGUAUGUUGUAGGUAUUAUAUGUAGUGCUUAUAUUAUCUGUCUAGUGUAUGACAUCAAAUUCAUUCAAAAAUCAAAGUCUCAGUAUUUCCUACAAGUUGGUCAUGUGACUCCUGAUUCUGGUCGUGUGACUCCUGAUUCUGGUCAUGUGACUUGGUUCUGGUCAUGUGACUUGAUUCAAGUCAUGUGACUUAAUUCUGGUUAUGUGACUUGAUUCUGGUUAUGUGACUUGAUGCUGAUCAUGUGACUUGAUUCUAGUCAUUUAUCUUGAUUCUGGUUAUGCGACUUGAUUCUGAUCAUGUGACUUCAUUUUGGUCAUGUGACUUGAUCCUGAUUAUGUGACGUGAUUAUGAUUGUGACUCUGAUCAUGUGACUCUUGAUUCUGGUCAUGUGACUCUUGAUUCUGGCCAUGUGACAUGAUUCUGGUCAUGUGACUUGAUUCUGGUCAUGUGACUUGAUUCUGGUAAUGUGACUUGAUUCUGGUCAUGUGACUCGAUUCUGGUCAUGUGACCUGAUUCUUGUCAUGUGACUUGAUUCUUGUCAUGUGACUCCUGAUUCUGGUCAUGUGACUUGAUUCUAGUCAUGUCACUUUUCAGAAAACCUCACCAAGAAAGACUUUCCAAAGUCAUGAUUUUUAAAAUUUCAAUGUAUUUGAACUUGAAUGUUCGUUGGAAUGAGCUGGACUUUUUUUUUACUUCUAAAUGAACUCUACAUUUAAAAGCUGAUGUAGUGUUAAAAUGUCACGUUUAAAGUCUUUUUAUAGGAAACGCAAAACAGCAAUGCAAGCUUGCGGUAUCAGAAAAAUUUCUUAGAUAUGCAAUUAUUUAUAUAGUUGUAGAUAGUCAUUGCACAGAAAUUUGUUGCUUUGCUAAGAUAUUGUAUUCUACAGUAAUGCUUCGAUGGAUGAAGGUAUGUUGAAUGUUGCUAGUUUUGCAUAAAAGUAUGC